CGGAGCCACGUGGUGGGGCCGGGAAGCCGCGGCCGCCGAGCGCCCGGGCGGCUGCCCCUGCUGGGCAGUGCUGCUCUGCGCUGCGCCGCUCUCGGUGCCUGCGCUCCCCGCUCCGCGCUCCCCGCCAGCCGCCCCGGGGCGGGAGGCGCGCCUGGCGGCCGGCCGGCCAGACAAAGGAGGCGCGGCAGAGCCGGCGCGCGGGCGGACUGACCAUGGACUCCGAGCGCGAGCGGCCGGCCGCAGCCCUGAGGACCCGGCGCUCCCGGGCCCGGCCCUAGGCGCCCGGCCCCGCCGCCCGGGGCGCCCAGCUGGGAGGACGCGGAGCCCGCGCGGCGCGGAGGAGGCGGCGGCCGCUGAGCUAGAGGGGCGCCGCGGCGAACGGCGCGCGCGGCCCCCAGAGCCAUGGGCAAGUGCAGCGGGCGCUGCACGCUGGUCGCCUUCUGCUGCCUGCAGCUGGUGGCUGCGUUGGAGCGGCAGAUCUUUGACUUCCUGGGCUACCAGUGGGCUCCUAUCCUAGCCAACUUCCUGCACAUCAUGGCAGUUAUCCUGGGCAUCUUUGGUACCGUGCAGUACCGCUCCCGGUACCUCAUUCUGUAUGCAGCCUGGCUGGUGCUUUGGGUUGGCUGGAAUGCGUUUAUCAUCUGCUUCUACUUGGAGGUUGGACAGCUGUCCCAGGACCGGGACUUCAUCAUGACCUUCAACACAUCCCUGCACCGCUCCUGGUGGAUGGAGAACGGGCCAGGCUGCCUGGUGACACCUGUCCUGAACUCCCGCCUGGCCCUGGAGGACCACCAUGUCAUCUCGGUCACCGGCUGCCUGCUUGACUAUCCCUACAUUGAAGCACUCAGCAGUGCCCUGCAGAUCUUCCUGGCUCUGUUCGGCUUCGUGUUCGCCUGCUACGUGAGCAAAGUAUUCCUGGAGGAGGAGGACAGCUUUGAUUUCAUCGGCGGUUUUGACUCCUAUGGAUACCAGGCGCCGCAGAAGACGUCGCAUUUACAACUGCAGCCUCUGUACACGGCGGGGUAGUAGCUUCUGCCCCACGACCACCCCCGCGGCUAGACAGACCGCCGCAGCCGCGAGCUCUGGCCAAGAUGGCAGGCGUGCUCCCUGGCGGCUCGCUGACCGGACUGCAGCCUGGGUCGGCUUGACAUGGGUCCG